UUAAAAACACCAUAUCUAUUCUAUUUAAUAAUAAUAAACAAUAAUCAAAAAAAGUAACUUUUUUGUGUGAGAAAAAAGAGCAACUUUUAUCUUAUUGUUAUUAAAACAAAAACACCCUCGUUGCUUAUCUCCAAAAAGAAAUUAUUUCUUACGUUUUUUGUUUUCAAGCUUUCGCGCCAAAAAAAAAAAAAAAUUUUAUUCAAUAUGCAUCACCAACAGCCUUUUACUUCCGCCUCCACGGCUUUUGUUUUUCCACCUGAAACCGUUGUUCAAACUCCCGUGGUAAUCAAUUCAGAUUUUACUUUCACUUGUCCACCACCGGCGUCAGUACCUACGGUUCCAGUAUCCUCGGUUACUUUUGCUCCUCCACCCCUUCCAUUGAGCAUGAAUCCAACUUUAUCAUUAAACAUGUAUUCUAUUGAUAAUUCACAACCAUCACAAGUCUCUCAAAUAAUUUCUCCCUCUCAUUCACCUUCAUCACCACUUUCGUUACUUGAAUAUCGUGAUUCUCCAACUGCUGAUGAGUUGGAUGUUCCAGAAUUUUUUCAAUAUAGUAAAGAAAAAUAUGAAAGUGCAAAGUCAGGUUGUAAACGACGGAGAAAAUCAACACGUGAUGAGCAAUGUGAAACAUCGUCGAUGGAUGGUGGUGAUGAUGUUGAUGAUAAUGUAAGUACAAUGUCACAGGUUGAGUUUCGGCGUCAAAUACAUAUUCAAUCAGAACAAAAACGACGUGCUGAAAUCAAAGAUGGAUUCGAAGAACUUCGCAGACAACUUCCGACAACUUAUACUGGUCGUAAAUUGAGUAAAGCCGUUUUGUUACAAAAAGCCGUUUCACAUAUGAAAAAUAUGCAAAGAAAGGAGUCAUUUCUUCUUGAUGAAAUCAAUCGUCUAACUCAAACCUGCGUAUAUUUGAACGCGGAAUUAGAAAAAGAGAAAAGAAUGGGUACACUUUAUCGACAAAAACAAACUCUUGAUAAAAUAUACGCAAUUGGUCUAUGAGCAUUUAGGGGAGGGUUUUUUUUUCUGCAAGGACAUUCAUUUCUUUCCAAAAAAAAGUACUUCUGAAUCCAGAAGAUACCUUUAUUUUUUGUUUAUAUAAUCUAGUAUGAUAUCUAUCAUUUAUUCUAUCUCUCUUUUUUUUUUUU